UGUUCAUCAAUAAUUGAUAAUAUUAAAUUCCUCAAAUGGAGUGACCCAUCUGUAUGAUAGAUUAUGACGAUACCAGUUGUAUCCCUAAGGUCUUGCCCAACUGCGGCCAUACAAUUUGAAUGUCCUGCAUCAACAAGUUGCGUAAAAGUGGGAAAAUUCAGUGCUCUGAUUGUAGACUCAACCAAAAAAUUAAAAAGGGUGAAGACCUCCCAACUAAUUUUGCAAUCUUUGAGCUAAUUUUUAUGAUCAAUAAUCUGAAAUAAGGAAAAUGAGUACUUGAAGAACGCUGGCGUUGGUAUGGACCUUUCCCAUAUUCUGGAUGACCCAGCUCAGGAAGAGAGAAAGGAAUCAGAAAAUCAUUCGAUUCUGCAGGAGGAUUAUAUACCAAAAUUUUACAAAGAGGACCCAGUAUCAGAAGAAAAGCAUGAGCCAGCCGAUGAAUUCCCUUCUUUGGAAGAACAUCUCAGAUCUGCAAUAGAUCUUGAAAAAGAAAUUAAAGAGCUUGGGGGUUCUAUCAAUACUUGGGCAUGACAAACUUGAACUUAUAUUAACAAUGUUUUGAAUGUGGAAUGCGAAAUUUGAGGAUCAUCAAAUAAUAGAUAUGAAGAAUCUGAAACAGCCUAAAAACUUGUCUUGAAACAACUAAAAGGACUGAAACUUAUCUAUGACUAGAUGGGUUAGGUAUGAUAAUACUGUGAAUGAAACUUUAAAUAAAAAUUGCUAGACUU